UCUUUCACAACCUCACCAGUCACCACCACAUUUAAUCAUCACUUUUGUGUUACGGCCACCACCACCGUCAUGAGUUCCGAUCACCGGAGUGGCUCCUUCUUCCUCUCUUCCAUUCCAUCCAGCUUCUUCUUCAUUAUACUAGUGCUAUUCUCCUUGUCAAGCUUCUCCUCAUCAGCAACUGCACUAGUCAUGACCUCCCAUUCACAACAAUGCCUGGACCUCCUCAACCUAAAGAAAGGUUUUAUCUUGGAUCCCUUAUCUUGGCCUGCUGGCACUGACUGUUGUCACUGGGAAGGAGUCACCUGUGACGAAGCUUCUGGUCUUGUUGUCUCUCUUGAUCUCAGCGAGAGAUACAUGACUGGCCAAAUUACAGCCUCCCUCUUCAACCUCACCUCCCUCCAAAGACUCAAUCUUGCCUACAACUUUCUUGGACAGAGCACUGACCAGCUUUCGGAUUUGGAAAAACUGGCUAAUCUCACACAUCUCAACCUUUCUAAUAUCUGGCUGCUGGCAGGCCAAGUCCCCAUGGGAAUCUCUCGCCUCACAAAACUCAUAUCUUUGGACCUCUCACAGGCCUUCUACUCAGAUACUUUGAAGUUGGAGAAGCCUGAUCUUGGUACUCUCAUCAGAAACCUUUCUAAUCUCCAGGAGCUCUAUUUGGAUCGAGUCAAUAUCUCUUCGAACGGGAAAGAGUGGUGUCACACCAUCUCUGACUCUGCUCCUAAGCUUCAAGCUCUCAGUUUACAGUACUGUUCACUCUCAGGACCGAUUGACAGCUCACUGUCCAAGCUCCGGAAUUUAUCAAUAAUUCGUCUUGAUGGUAACAAUCUUCUGUCACAAGUGCCUGACUUCUUUGCAAAAUUUUCUUCUUUAACUGUGCUUAGUCUUAGUUUGUGUGGCCUAGAGGGUCUGUUUCCAACCAAAGUGUUUGAACUUUUGAACUUGAAAACACUUGAUCUUUCGUAUAAUCCAAUGCUAGCUGGUUUUUUUCCAGAAUUCCCAUUACAUAACUCUUUGGAGACAUUGACUGUGUCUCGGACAAAUUUCUCUGGGAGAUUGCCAAAUUCUUUGGGAAAUUUGAAAUCUUUGACAUAUUUGAGUCUGUCUAGCUGCAAAUUCUCAGGGCCAAUACCCUGGUCGAUUGAGAAUCUUACGGAAUUAUACUUUUUAGACCUCUCUUAUAAUCACCUCUCCGGGCACUUACCACCAAUGCUUGCUGGUUCAAAGAUCUCAAUCAUUAGUCUUUCUUAUAAUAACUUCACUGGAAAUAUCCCUGGAACUCUCAGUCAUGCACAUCACCUUGUUGCACUUGAUCUGGAAGGCAACUCACUAACCGGAUCAAUCCCGAUGCCUUUGUUCACACUCCCGAUGCUAGAGAAGUUGAAUCUAGCUAACAACAAGCUCUCUGAUCACCUCCAAGAAUUCGCAAAUGCAUCUUCUACAUUGCAACAUGUUGAUCUAGGGGGCAAUAAUCUCCACGGAAAGCUCCCAACAUCACUUGUUGAUCUCUCUGCUCUAGUAUCACUUUAUUUAGGUUCAAAUAACUUCGAUUCAGUGGUGGAAUUAGAGUUGUUUGGCCGCCUUCAAAAUCUCACGGACUUGGAUCUUUCAGGCAUUAACUUGUUGAUGUCUGACCGAAUUGCAUAUUCUUCUCUUCUAUUUCCAUCUCUUAAUGCCUUGAAAUUGAAGUCUUGCAAUCUAACAGCUAUCCCAUCUUUCUUAAAGCACAAAAAGAACAUAUACACGCUGGAACUUUCAAACAAUAGAAUUAAUGGGAUUAUACCCAACUGGAUUUGGAGCAUUGGUGGGAGUUUCGGCUGGUCUAUGAAUCUAUCUUUCAACUUAUUCACUGAUUUUGGGAGGCCUUUCUUGAAUCAUUCGAAUGAUGUUGUGAUAUUAGACCUUUCAAACAACAGAAUUGGUGGUACCAUACCAAGUUGGAUGUGGAGCUCUAGUCUUCUCUACUUGAAUUUAUCAUGUAACUUGUUCAUAGGUGUUGGGGGGUCUUCCUCCAAUCCUUCCACUAAAAUUGUUAUUAUCGAUCUCCACUCUAACUUGCUUCAAGGAUCAAUUCCACUCCCUCCACCAAAUAAUACAUUUGUGGACUACUCAAACAACCUCUUCACUUCUUCCAUCCCAUUUAACAUGUCAUACUACCUGAACAAAACUAUGUUCUUUUCAUUGUCACACAAUAGUCUCACAGGAGAAGUCCCCUCAUCGAUUUGCAGUGCAACACAACUCUACAUCUUCGAUCUCUCUUACAACAAUUUGAGUGGUUCUAUACCAACUUGCCUAUUGGAAAGCCUCAUUGAUUUGAGAGUGUUGAAUGCCCAGGAGAACCGUUUUCGGGGAAGCAUACCUCAAAAGAUCAGCUCAAGAUGUGCUAUACAAACAAUUAACCUCCACGGGAACCAGUUAGAAGGGAUGGUACCUAGCUCAUGGGCCAAUUGCACUGAGCUAGAAGUCCUAGACCUUGGUAGGAAUAAAUUGGCAGACUCUUUCCCAUAUUGGUUGAUGAACCUUCCUGCAUUGAAAGUCUUGGUUCUCAAAGAAAACAGAUUCUUUGGACAUCUGACUGGAAUUUGUGAAGGCAAUCACUUCUUCAUGAUGAUCCAAAUCUUUGACAUCUCUUCCAACCGUUUCACUGGUAACUUACCAUCAGAGUGCUUUAAGAGUAUGAAGGCGAUGAUGGUUCACCAGGGACAAACCAAGACAAUUGGAUACGGGAAUGAUAGUUUGGGGACACCAUAUUAUCAAGACACGGUUAUAGUCAAUUUGAAAGGAUUUGAGAUCGAACUGGUAAAGAUUUGGACUACAUUCACUGCCAUUGAUUUGUCAAAUAACCAAUUUGUGGGAAAUAUUCCUCAAGUGUUUGGAGAUCUUAAGUCCCUUCAUUCUUUGAACAUGUCACUAAAUGCAUUGACCGGUGAAAUUCCACAGGUUCUCGGAGGUUUGAGUGAGCUGGAGUCAUUGGACCUCUCAGAAAAUCAAUUAUCAGGAGUGAUUCCAAGUUCUCUGACAUCUCUGUACUUCUUGGCUUUCUUGAAUCUGUCGAACAACAAUUUAGUAGGCAGAAUACCACAAAGCUUCCAGUUCUCCACAUUCUCGAAUUCAUCUUUUGAAGGGAAUCCAGGACUAUGUGGGAGUCCAUUAUCAAGGGAUUGUAUUAAUUCAGCAAGCGUGGAGCCUUCUUCAGAUUCUAAGAAUGCACCCACAGAGUUUGACAUGGACGUGAUUUGGUUCUGGAUGUUCACAGGAUUGGGAUUUGGAUUUGGAUUUGCUUCAGUUAUUUGCUAUCAAUUGUUCUUUCCCAAGUGGAAAAUGUGGUACAAGAGGAGGUUCAUGAACAGAUAAAAACCUGCAUUUCUAAACCAACAGGUCAUUCCUUCUUCUGCAAUAAGAGAGAUUAAUUUGAUGGCCAAGCUGUACCUUCAUCUUUGGACUUUGGGUACCAUACUUUCAACUAGUAUGUAUACAAUCGUAUAUUUGUCGAAUAGCAUGUAUGCAAUAUUGUACUUUACUCCUAGUCUGGUUGGUUCUCUGACAAACACUCCAAAUUAAAUAUGAAUUCUCUGCCAAUGAUGUGUUUGUGUUUUUC